AUGCGCGGUGCCCCGGAAGCCGUGAGGGGCGCGGGCGGUUCGAGCGCGAUGGAGCGGGCGGGGGGAGCGGCCCGGCCGCGCUGGGGAGCGGGGCCGCCGGCACAGGGCCCGCGGGACGGGGCAGGGCGGGCACGGGCCGGGAGCGGGGCCGGGCAGGGGCAGGGCCCUGCGGGCUCGGACGGUGCAGCGGCUACAGGCGAGCGGAGCCCCGGGAGAGCGGUCGCGUGGAGCCAGGGCCAGCGGGGCGGAAGCCACGGCCUGUGCUUGUCUUCCAGCAGUGAUGAGGAAUUUGAGACGUUUUUAGCCAGAAUGAAAACUCCAAAAGUGUUUCCUAAAAAGGCAGAUGCAAGUUUGAAAGACUUCAUUGAUGACUCAGAUGAUUUCUUCUUGGACUUUAAGCGAGAAAGAGCACAAAAAAGAAUGCACCAAAGGAUCUUCAGACCCCGAGGAAGUUGAUGAGUUCUGGAAAGAAAGCACUUGCUGCCAAGAAUUGCAUUAUGGAGAGAGUCAAGUGACACUGAGGAUUCUGUCUUUGUAGAAAGUCCUUGGCUGACCACCAAAAGGGGGAGUAAAAGACUGUAAGAAAGACAGAGGUGCACAAAACUUUCACCUCCACAAAAUCUGAAAGAGUCCAGUUUCCAAAGGCAAGUCCAGAUUUGCCUGUUAGAAGGAAAGAAAGAAGCUGUGAGAAGAGUACAGAAAUAAAUUGCCCCUGUGGCAGUAGAGUCAGACAGCUCAGAUGACAGCUUUGAAUCGUUAUGGAACGGAUAAAGAAGCAAAGUCUGCCCCAAAAACCAGUCUUAGGCACAAGUAAAACCGUCUAUCAGCCCAGCUCAGCAG